GUUCGUGAUAUACUUUACAAUCCAACAUCCACCACCAAUUCCGGUGCCAAUUCCACCGCUAAAAAAACCCGACACUGGCUGUUCUCAAGUAUCCAUGUCGUCGUCGUAAUAACAUAGCUCCCAAAACAAGCGCUACCAAUUAUACAACCAACCAGCCAACACCAUGGCGCCAAUACGACUCUCAGCGCCGUCGCCAUGCCGCCUCUCCGCGAUUACAUCCCACAUAUCCCCCAGCACCUCCUCCCAGCGAACACCACGCACAACAACAGCAACAACAACAACAAAAACAACCCCCCUCCGCGCCUUCAGCAGCACCCCCCCAACCCCCCGCCAAAAGCCCUCCCACCUAACCGUGCCCACGGACCAAGUCCCCGCAUACCCCUACGGCCGGUUCCGGACCUACAAGCAAGCCAACGAGGGCCUCUUCGCCGGCUCCAAGAUCCGCUUCGGCAACGUCGUCGCCCCGGACCACGGCAACAAGUCCCGCACCACCUGGCUGCCGAACCGGCACACCAAGCGCCUGUGGUCCCCGAGCCUAGGCGCCUUCGUACGCACCCGCCUGACCACCGGCGUACUUAAAACGGUCGACCGCCUCGGCGGCAUCGACGAGUACCUCCUCGGCUCCAAGGCCCGCCGCAUCAAGGACCUUGGCCCGGCCGGCUGGGCUCUCCGCUGGAAGAUCAUGCAGACGCCUGCUAUACGCGAGCGUUUCGCCCGCGAGCGCGCCGCGCUAGGUCUGCCGCCUAAGGAAGAAGGCGUAGGGGAAACGCUUCCCGGAGAAUUAGUUGCUGACGGCGUUACGUCUGAGGCUGUGCUGAGCGAGGUCGACGGUAUGCUAGAGCGCGGUGACGAGUUUGUCAUAGGGGAAGUAAAGGAUGACGUGGAAUUGCUUAUCAAGGACGACGGGGAGGCGAUUGGAGAGGCUAGAGAGGCUGGGGAGACUGGGGAGACUGUCGAGGAUGUCAAGUACACCAUAGAGGAAGAGAAACCUAGCGGCGACGACAAGGCACCUAAGGUAUGAUACGGCUUAUUUUACUAGCUUCACGAAUUCAAGGGUGUUCAAAGGCUCGAGUGUCGCACGGCGAAAAGGUGGAGAGACAAGAUACAAAAGAUAUAGCAUUGUACCGUGUUGUCAAUUUGUACAAAAUGCAUCAAGAUGCGCACCUAUAUAUCGUCCAAUACCAUGUAUCAUAUUAUUUUCACUUUUUAAGCACCCUCCACGCUAGCCAACGCCGAAUGUGAGAGCUUCAUAAAAGGUUUGACAUUCUCGACCAAACCUACAAAACAACCCUCACCACUUUAAAAACGCAAAUCCCAUCCGAUCUGGGGGCCCAGCUUAGGCAGCUCUUCCGCGACGCUCUGUACAUCCUUGUCACCCCUUCCGCUAAGACAUAUGACCACAUCCUCAUCUUUCUUCAUCGUCUUGGCCAGCUCGAUAGCUCCGUAAAUGCCGUGGGCUGACUCGAGUGCGGGUAUAAUACCUUCCAGCUGGCUCAUAAGUCUGAAACCAAUAAAUGCUUCGGCGUCGGUAGCGGCGAUGAAUUUGGCCCUUUCCGAAUCCUUCCAGGACGAUAGU